ACAAAACACAAGAUGGCGUCUGCUGAUCCGCAGCCGCGGUUCGGUCAGUCUGUCAAAGGUUUAUUAUCCGACAAAGUGGGCUCCUGUAGCGGGGACGUGAUCGCACUCACCCGCCAGGUUCUCAAAGGAUCCCGCAGUCAGGAGCUUCUCAGUCAAGCAGCGAGGAACAUGGUGAUUCAGGAGGACGCUAUCCUGCACUCAGAGGAUAGUCUGAGGAAAAUGUCCAUUAUCACCACACAUUUACAGUACCAACAAGAAGCCAUCCAGAAGAAUGUGGAACAUUCUAAAAACCUGCAGGACCAGCUGAGACACCUGCUCAAGUGACAGUGAUCUCAGGACUCAUCAUGUUUCAUGCUGCUCUGGAUCCUUACAUCUCCAAAGAAUGAGGCACAGAUCAAGUUCACUGAUGAAAUGUCCUUGAACUGUACACCUUCUAUCCCUAUUUAUCAUAUUUUGGAUUAUGGACUAUUUUAUUUUGAAGUAUUUUUGAUACACUUUUUCUUUACCCUUUCUUCUUGAUUCAUUGUUUCAUUGUUGUGCAUUGUUUUGUGAGCUGUUAUGGAUUGUGUUUUUUGUCUUCACCCUCCAUCUGUCCUUCUGUGAAGCAACUUCCUGUUUACAGGUUUCGAUCAAUCUGAUUUCUGAUGAUGGCACAACUGUAAAAUAACAACAACAAAAAAGACAAAUCUGUCAAGUCUAUUCAAAUGAAGUGGCAACAUUGUUUUAAUUUCAAUGGGCUAAAGUGCUCUUAGAGUAUUCAGUGGCAUUCAUUGGGCUUCACAGCAUGUUGUGUGAAUGGGAGCAGUUAACGAGAUGCAUUCAAGGAAUUCCAUCACUUCUGGAAAUGCACAUGCAGUUUACUAAAUAAAUGCUUGCUGCUGUUGCUGCUGCCGCCUCGUGAUAAUGAUGCACCACAGAUUAGGAGUCACUGGAGUAGAAAUAUUUGGUUUUAUAAACGCAAUCAUUGAUUUAAAAAAGUCUUGUAAUAAAUUACGAAUAAUCUUAAGAAGUUGUGUUGAUGUUGCUUUAAACGCUGUGAACAUGUUGCUUUGGACGACAUACUAAACCGUGACAUUUUACUGUAAGACCUGAGUGGCGUGGUGGUGUAGUGGUUAGUAGAUCUUGAAUAACUACAUACAAAAAUAUCAUUUUAUUCGAGAAUGGCGUCUAUUAUAAAAUCUAUAUAUUUCCUAAGUGUUUGGAGCAGCCAUGGCGACAAAAAUGGCCAAAAACUGUGAAUAAUUUCCACAUACACAUGAAUGGGAGACGAUGGAAGAAAUGAUCACAACCCAGCCCAGUUUGGAUCCUCACAGUUUAAGAGUCAGUCUCUUUUAAAGGGUGAUUCCACCAAAAUACCACGUUGUCCAAAUACUUCCAGUUUCAAAGGUUCAAUCCGCCCAAAUGUUACUGGUUUACCAGCACAAGUCCAUCAGCAGCAAGAACAGCAGGCGCCGCUGUUAUUCUUGCUCCAAUAAAUGAAAAUAAACAAG